AUGUCUGACCUGGAUCAACGUUCCAAUUCGACGGCGGGAGCAAACGACCAGCCCAUAGAAGACCCGGAGAAAGGAAUUCAAUCCGGACCUAAAAGCAACGAAGUGAAGUACCAGGAUGUCACCGACAAGUCUCCUGCACCUGCUGCUGCGCUUCCUGGCCCGGGUCCACCACCAGAUGGAGGUUUCCAUGCUUGGCUGACGGUCCUGGGAGGCUUCUGUGGGCUUUUUGUGAGCUUUGGAUGGAUUAAUGCCAUCGGUGUCUUCCAGACAUACUAUGAAAGCCAUCAAUUGCGCAACGUCUCCCCCAGUACGGUGGCGUGGGUGACUUCGCUAGAGUCAUUCGCUAUGUUCUUCGGGAGCCCAAUAUUUGGUUCCCUGUUUGAUUCAUAUGGACCUCGAGUCAUUCUGCUUGGGGGCACUUUCUUCCAUGUCUUUGGUCUCAUGAUGACCUCUCUGUCCUCGGAAUACUAUCAGUUCAUUCUGGCGCAGGGCAUCUGUAGUCCAUUUGGUGCUAGCGCCGUCUUCAACGCGUGUGUCAACUCCGUCAGCACCUGGUUUGCAAAACGCCGUGCCUUCGCUCUCGGGGUGAUGGCUGCUGGAAGCAGCCUGGGCGGCGUCAUCUUCCCCAUUAUGGUUUCGAAAUUGAUCCCCCAGGUAGGGUUUCCAUGGACCAUGAGAAUCUGUGCAUUCUUGAUCUUAGGCAUGCUGGGCAUUUGCAAUCUCACGUUGAAAUCGAGAUUGACACACCAGCCGAAGCGGGUGAAGAUCAUGAGCUUCGUGCGGCCGCUCAAGGAACUGAAGUUCACAGUCACGGUUGCUGCAGCCUUCUUCUACUUCUGGGGUAUGUUUUUACCAUUUACGUACGUCAUCACCCAGGCCGAAAGAUACGGCAUGUCGCAGAAUCUAUCGCAAUACCUCAUCCCUAUGUUGAACGCUGCCAGUAUAUUCGGUCGAACUCUCCCGGGCUACUUUGCCGAUCGUUUUGGCCGAUACAAUGUAAUGAUUUUCUUCGCCUUUUUCUCGGGAAUCCUGGUUUUGGCUCUCUGGUUGCCUUCGCGUGGAAACGCGCCGGCUAUUGUGUUCAGCGUCCUGUAUGGGUUUGGAUCAGGAGCCUUCGUUUCCCUUGUCCCGGCGCUGGUAGCCCAGAUCUCGGACUUGCGAGAAGUCGGAAUGCGGAAUGGCACGCUGUUCUGCAUCAUUUCCUUCGCAGCUCUUACGGGAACGCCGAUUGGAGGGGCGCUGGUCCCAGACGUGCUGCAUGGGUCUUACACCAAGCUACAGAUCUUCUGUGGAGUGGUCAUCCUAGUGGGGGCAGUUUUGUUUGUGGUAGCAAGAAUAAUCGUUGGCGGGCUCGUAUGGAAGAAGGUCUAG